GCUUCAGAGAGGUAUAUAAAGCUACACAUUCUAACAUUCCCAUAUUUCUUACAUCUGGAUACGACUGGACAUUUUCAAUAUAUAAGAAAAUCUUAUACAAAGGAGAAUGGAACUUAAAGUGUAUGGGCUAUUUAUUGCCCUGGGAUUCAUUGGAAGCUGUUUGGCUUACAGAGAUUGUGUUGUGGAUAGAUUCAGAGUCAUGGAAAAUUUCGACAAGUUUCGGUAUGCUGGCAAAUGGUUUGCGAUAGCUAAAAAGGACCCAGAGGGACUUUUCCUUAUUGAUAACAUAGAAGCAGACUUUUCAAUUGAUGGAUCUGGAAAAAUGACAGCAACAGCUAAAGGAAAAGUCAGAAUUUUGAACAAUGUGCAGUUAUGUGCCAACAUGGUCGGAACCUUCAAAGACACUGACAACCCUGCUAAAUUUAUUAUGGAAUACCAUGGGCUUUUGUCUUAUCUUGAACAAGGAACUGAUGACCACUGGGUUGUUGAUACUGAUUAUGAAAAUUAUGCCAUCCAAUACGCAUGCCGCAGACGAAAUCCAUUUGAUGGCACUUGUGAAGACAGCUACUCAUUUGUGUUCUCCCGUAAUCAAAAUGGAUUUACACCUGAUAUACAAAAGAUUGUGAGGAAAAGACAGGAGGAGCUAUGCUUGGAAAGGAAGUACAGAAUCGUUCCUCACAAUGGCUACUGCAAUUAAUGAAGUGGAACAGUAUUUUCCAACAUAAAGUGGAUUAAGAACUUGCAAGAAGGUCUGAUACUAAGCAACAUCCUCAGUCUUCAUUUAUUCAAAUACAUUUUUAAUAUCUAAGGAUUUAAAAAAAAUGUAUUCCAAUUAUGAUAUUAUCAAUGUAUAUAUUUAUACUAUGUUUAAUUUCAUCUCUGUGAUACUUUAAAAACUGUUUUGAUACCUUUCAAUUUGUAAAAAAAAUCAUUUGAUUUUUUUUCAAGAAAUAAAACCAUAAAGAUGAAUGCUCUAAAA